UAAUUGUUUAUACGAAGUGAGAUAGCAGUGUUCAGCUAAACUUCGAAAUGUUCAGCAAGGGUAAUAGUGAACGUUUGCACUAAUGACAUAUUACGUAUUCUAAAAUGCGAGAUAUUUUCGGAUAAUCUGCAUAAAUGUGUAUUUGCCUAAUGUGCAAAAUCGGGUUUCUAGCAUUUGUAUUCUUCUUUUGACAUAACAGAACAAUGUUUUCAUUCUAAGAAUGUGAUUUACGAGUUUACAAGUGAAUAGAUAUACCGUUUACGGUAUUCUCAUAAAUAUGAUCACCUGUGGAUUUUUUUCAUCGGUUUAUUAACAGGAAUUAGCAUAGGUAUUAUGUCGCAAGGUUCCAUUGAAGUAUUGGAAAUAUUGGCUCAGUGACGAACAAAUGAUUUAGCGUUCUUCGUAGGUUGAGUGAUAAAGCAUCAUAUAUAAAUUCAGACAGUAUUGGAAUUUAUUUCAUCGCACUUGCUUGGUAUUAUACAGACUACCAGCAGUUAAUCUUUCAGGUUUUUAAAAGAAAGAGGAAGAUGUGUAACCAUUCUAGCAAUUUUACUGAUUUUACCAAGUGCUCAACAAGUCCAGCUGGUGCCACUAUUUUAUCACCAGUGUUUAUGUCCCUCACGGGAGUUCUAGGAAACAUUUUAGCUUUAUUUAGUCUUUACAAAACCCGCACAGACGUACGGACAACAAAGUUCUACAGUCUAAUAAUUGGUCUAGUAUGGACCGAUCUGCUUGGAAUUUUAAUGACGUCACCAUCUGUUAUCAUUUCUUACAUCAAUCGGCGCCAAUGGAUCGGUGGAGAUGCACACUGCCGGUUCCAUGGAUUCACAAUGGCAACAUUUGGACUUGCAACUCCCCUUAUCAUUUGUGCUAUGGCAGUGGAAAGAUUUCUGGCCUUAAAAUAUGUAUUCUUUUACUCAAGCCGUUGUCGCACGGGUACUGCACGAGGCUGUAUUCUUAUUAUAUGGUUUGGCGUUAUAUUAUAUUCGUUAUUGCCUUUGUUCGGCUUUGGAAGUUUUGAAAAGCAGUAUCCGGGAACAUGGUGUUUUGUAGAUUUCCAUUCUGAAAACAUUGCCUCAAAAGUUUAUGGAUACAUAUACGCGUGUACAAACAUAAUUUUGAUUACGACGAUUGUGUUUUGUAAUGCUUAUGUCGUCGUUACAAUAUUUAAAACGAGGUUCAGACGAGACAGUGAAAGUGUAUUUGCUGUAAGUCAUCCUUUACCAGAACAUACCAGACUUGUGACUGCGCGGAAUCUGCGGAAGAAGUCUAGUGAUGCUGAGAUACAAAUGAUCGUGUUGCUGUGUGCAUUAACAGUAGUUUUCAGUUUGUGCUGGGCACCAUUAAUGAUAAGGAUAAUAAUGACACAGGCUACAGGGAUAAAGAAUGUCUUGUUAGACCUUGCGGCUGUUCGGCUUGCCAGUCUAAAUCAGACACUCGAUCCAUGGUUAUAUAUACUGUUGAGGAGAUCUACUUGUUUGAAAAUCACUGGAGGAGUGAGACGUAUUAAAACUAAGUGUUUGAAGGUGGUAAGGACAAGAUUCCAUGAUGAUAGAUUAAUAAGAGAUAGAGAUGCACAAAACAACGGCAUGAACUCUCUAAACGACAAACACUGUGACCUUGUCGGCUUCCAUCAUAUUCAAGAUGAAAGUCUAAAAAACAAUAACGGAAGCCAAAAGAAUAUUUCUUCGCCAGAUGUUAUGCAAAAUGUUGGAGGUGGUAAUAUGACUCCAUUGCCAGAUGUAACAAGUACUUUAGUAGACAAAGAAAACAAAGAUUCUCGUUAUGUUUGCCACUUUCAGUUUGGAAGAUCCGUGUCACCAAAAGAAGAAGAUGGCAUGUAUGUGAAAAUUUUAUAUGUGCAAAAUAAUUCUACAACUAAUACGUACAAUGAAAAAACUUCCGAACCACCAAUAUUGUAUUACCAAAACACACUUGGACGUUUUACAGAUAAGUUGAAAUUUCCUGUUGAAUAUACGACCUGCGGUAAUUGCCAUGCGAAGAACUCGGAUAUGGGUACCAAAGAAACAUCAUUAUCUCAAGAUACCAACGCAGAAUUCCAUUCGGAGAAUACCCAGAAUCCCUCGCAUGCAAGAUGUGUUCAUGAAAGUUUGAGAAAAACAAAAUCCAACAAUAAAUAGAUCAGACCUAACUCCGCCAACGACUGAUCAGAACCAGCACAUUCAAUGUCUGGAUCAUCAUGCAGUUCACUCGACGUGGCAUGGUUAUACAUAUAUAUGUUGCAUUGAAAAGUCGCACCGCGCUAUGACAUGAGACAUAUAUAGACGACACAUUGUGAUUGUCAAAGUGCUGAAAUUAAUAUGCUGGACAUGAUAUGCAUAAAACAUUAUUAUUUGACUUGUUUUUAUAAUACAUUCCAUAUAAAAGCUGAACUUUUACUGGAUACGUUUAGGUGAGGGGUGUUGCACUUUCCAUUACCUCUCAUGAACAGACUCGAUCAAACCAAGUCUGCUGUUUGCUUGUUUGCAUUCUAUGCCUUCAAAGUGUUUUCUCACAGUUUAUAUUACAGUUGUUGUGUCCCUUUUGAAUUCGCAAAUGACCUUUGUAUUAAAUAUGUUAUGAUAUCGUAACCAUGAACAGAUGUUAUGAUAUUGUAUCGUAGCUAUGUACAGAUACUAAAAUGAUAAUGAGUAUAUUUUGCUUAUAUCUAAAUGUAUAUUUUAUGAAUAAAAUGCAAGUUGAAAUCUAAA